GAAAGCAAUCUGGUCUUCUUCACGCGCUGCGGCAUAUGACUUCGACUGCAUUAUUGAGCUCCUCGCUCGUCCUCCAACCCAUUAAGCCCUGCAAGCCCUUCCUCCCCCGAAACCCUAGGAUCCCACGGCCGCGCUUUCCGCUCUGCUCCGCGGAGCCGAAGCACCUCACGAAAGGCGGAGGCGGAGGAAGGAGGAGCCCUGUGGACGGCGGGCGGCGGAGUCCAAGAAGGGGCCCGCAUGGGACCUCUCGAAGGUCCGCCAUCAAGAAGAGCUUCGCCCAGGAGCAGGUCGUGUUCACCACGCCGGUGGCGAGGGACCCCGCUGUGGCGAUCAUCGGCGGCGGGGUCGCUGGUUUGGUAUGCGCUCUCACGCUUGAGGAGAGAGGCAUACGGUCGACGGUCUUCGAUACGGGGAUGCAUGGCUUAGGUGGGAGGAUGGCAACGCGGAUCAUUGAUUCCAGGACAUGCAUAUUUGAUCAUGCUGCUCAGUUCUUUACUGUAAGUGAUUUAAGAUUUCAGAAGCUUGUUGAUAGAUGGUUGGAGAAAGGCUUGGUUCGGGAAUGGAAGGGACUGUUAGUAGAACUUGAAGCUGGUGGGCAUGCUUCUCCUGUACCGUAUUCUGCUUCAAGAUAUGUAGGCAUGAAAGGAAUGCGUUCUCUGAUGGAUUCAAUUAUAAGUCAGAGUCGCAUGGCUAAUAUUGUAAGGCCUUGUUGGAUAAGUAAGCUUGAGCCAUUUAAUGGGACAUGGCGAUUGGCUGAGCGAGAGAAACCCCAUGGCCAGUUUGAUGCAGUUGUUAUCGCACAUAAUGGAAAAUGUGCAAAUCGUUUGCUUUCAUCCUCAGGCUUACCACAACUAACUAAACAGAUGAAGACUCUAGAACUUAGUUCUAUCUGGGCGCUUCUUGCAGCAUUUGAAGAUCCUCUUCCAAUUUCUCAGAAUAGAGAUUUUGAAGGAGCUUUUGUGAAAGGUGUAGAUUCUCUUUCAUGGAUGGGCAACAAUACUAGCAAACUCUUCCCUUUGGAAAGUGACUUACCUCAGUGUUGGACCUUUUUUAGCACUGCAGCCUAUGGAAAACGAAAUAAAGUUCCACAGGAAAACAUCCCUAGUGCCACAGCAGAAAAGGUAAAGGAUGAUAUACUUGAGGGUGUAGAGUCUGCUCUUGGAUUAUCCAAAGGAUCACUACAGAAACCAUUUUAUGCCAGGGUCCAAUUAUGGGGUGCAGCUCUUCCAACAAAUUCUCCUGAGAUUCCUUGUAUCUUCGACCCUAAUGGGCGUGCAGGAAUUUGUGGUGACUGGUUACUUGGGUCGAGUGUAGAAGCUGCAGCUUUAAGCGGAAUGUCUCUUGCCCAUCAUAUGGCUGAUUAUUUCCAAAGUGGAGGGACACAACCAGAUGAAUUUGCCAUAGGAUUGAACAAUCCAUUUCAUGCAAUUGCUGGUCAUGAUAUUGGUCAGUUUCCUGGUUUAAAAUCUGGAGAACAGGUUGAACCAGAGGCAUGUCCAGCCCUGUAGAUAUAGAUAUAUCAGCCUUACAGAUGCUUGCAAAUUAAAGGAGCUGAUAUCCGAUCUGGAUCAUGAAGAGAAAAUAGACUUUGUCCCAAAGAACCUCUGAUAUAUAAAUUCAAAGAACACCAGCCUGAGUAUUUUUACCCAUUUGGUAGUACAGGGUGACCUUCCUGGCCAUCAAUUUUUGGCUUCAAAAUAGUUUGUGCUGGGAAUGGUACUCGUCUACAUUCAGCAAUUAAGAUUGUCCAUUAUCUUGUAGAUGUUAUCUUCAUGAUAUUGUAAAAUGUCUCUGAAUUCAAAUAUACGGUAAUCGCAUUAUUUUGUAUUUUUCAUGGGCAAUGUUUUUGCAAAAA